UCGGUUGUAUCUUAAAAAUGUAAACGCUAAGCUUUUAUAUUCAAACUCUGAAACAUGUAGGCAGAACUAUCGGUUUGUUCGGCCGCUUCUCAGUUAUGUUUGUCUUUCUUUUAGCGGUGACGCCCUCUCAGACGGACUUUGUUGUUUUACUUAGAGAUAGAAACUGUUUCUACAGUUGAGUUUAUAAUAAUAAGUUAAGAUGGAUGAAACGCGGUGUUUUUAUUCGCUUUUUCUCGCGGUGUUUCUCCAAAGUUUCUCCGGAGUUUUUGCGGCCAAGCAGCCGAACAUCGUGUUCGUGUUGGCGGAUGACUUCGGCUGGUUUGAUGUGGGUUACCACAAAUCCGAGAUCAGGACUCCGAACCUGGACUCUCUGUCAGCAGGAGGAGUCCGCCUGGAGAACUACUACGUGCAGCCUAUAUGUACCCCCUCCAGGAACCAGCUGCUGACCGGCAGGUACCAGAUCCACACAGGCAUGCAGCACCAGAUCAUCUGGCCGUGUCAGCCGUACUGCGUCCCUCUGGAUGAGAAAUUGCUGCCUCAGCUGAUGAAGGAGGCGGGCUACGCCACGCACAUGGUGGGCAAGUGGCACCUGGGCAUGUACAAGAAGGACUGCCUGCCCACGCGGAGGGGCUUCGACACAUAUUUUGGUUAUUUGAUGGGCAGCGAGGACUACAACACUCAUGUCCGCUGUUCGAACAUCCCUCCUCUGGACCUGAAUCGCUGUGCCUUGGACCUGCGGGACGGUGAAGAGGUCGCUACGGGAUAUGAAGGAGUCUAUUCUACUGAGCUGUUCAGCAAGAAGGCCAUCAAGGUCAUCGAGAAGCACGACCCUAACAAGCCGCUCUUCCUCUACCUGGCGUUCCAAGCAGUCCAUGCACCCCUGCAGGUGCCCGACCACUACAUGGCCCCGUACGACUUCAUCCACGACCUCAACCGCAGGAAGUAUGCUGGCAUGGUGUCGGCCAUGGACGAAGCAGUGGGCAACAUCACUCAGGCUCUGAAGCAGGAAGGACUGUGGGACAACACCAUCCUGGUGUUUUCAGCUGAUAACGGAGGCCAGACGUUAUGGGGCGGCAGCAACUGGCCACUGCGAGGGAGGAAGAUGUCACUGUGGGAAGGAGGGAUCCGGGGAGUUGGAUUUGUCGCCAGCCCACUUCUGGAACGACCCGGAACCGUCAGCAAAGAGCUCAUUCACGUCUCUGAUUGGCUGCCAACCCUUGUUGGUGUGGCUGGAUGGAAAACCAAUAGUACAAAACCACUGGAUGGAUUCAACAUGUGGAAUACAAUCAGCAAAGGGUUCGCCUCACCCAGACUGGAGCUGCUGCACAACAUCGACCCGCUAUAUGUUGAUACUGCUCCAUGUCCGGGCACAAAGAGUCGGUUUACUUUGGAUCAGGUGUACAAAGAAAACCCCUGGACCUGGAAGUCUGGGUUCAAUGUGUCCAUUCAUGCAGCCAUUCGAAACUCAGAGUGGAAGCUGCUGACUGGAUACCCAGGUUGUGACGUCUGGUUCCCUCGACCGGAGAAUAACAGCUUCUAUCGGGACUCCUCCUCCUCCUAUGACCCUCUGAAGCCCGUGAUGCUGUUCAACAUUGAAGACGAUCCGGAGGAGAGAAAUGAAGUGUCCGCUCUGUACCCUUCAGUAGUGGAGUUUCUCCUCGACCGGCUUACCCAGUACCAGAAAAGUGCCGUGCCGAUAAACUACCCUGACCCUGACCCUAAAUGUGACCCGGGCCCUGAUGGAGCCUGGGGACCCUGGGCUUAGAUCUCAAUAACAAUAAAGACGUUUUACAGU